AUGAAGCGCUGCUCGCAGGGGCUCACUGAGGGCUCAGCACUGCCGGCUGUGGCAGCCGGGGCGGCGCUGACAGCACGGCCGGCGCGGAUCCCGGCCCGCCGCCUCCCUGAGGAGCCGGCCCCGCGGAGCAGACAGCCCAACAUGGAGAACUGCACUGGGAGAGUUGCAUAUGAUAUCACUGUGGUGCUGCAGCUGGUUGUGUACAUCCCCGUGCUCGCUCUGGGGAUCCCACUGAACGCAAUUGCCUUCUGGGUCUUCUGCUGCAAAAUCAAGAGGUGGACCGAGACCAAGGUGUACAUGAUCAACCUCAUCGUGGCAGACACUUCCCUGCUCUUCACCCUGCCUUUCCUGCUAUAUUUUACCAAGUACAAACACCCCAUAGACCAGCUGUGUUUAGCCAUACAAAACAUCUAUUUUACAAACAUGCCUAUGAGCAUCUUUAUCAUCACCCUGAUUGCGAUUGAUCGGUACAUUGCAAUCAAGUUCCCUCUAAAAGCAAAGAAUCUUCGAUCCCCACUGAAAUCAGCUUCUAUCUGUGCCUUUCUUUGGAUAGCAAUGAUAAUUUAUUCCAGUUUGUAUCACACACUUCACAGUAACAAUAGGGAAGAUUGCUGCUUUCGGAAACAAUCUCUUCUACCUAGGUAUUCCUCUUUAUUCUACACUAUCUGUGGGUAUUUUAUUCCCUUAGGGAUUGUGAUUUUUUGCUCAGUACAAGUCAUCAGAUGUCUAAAGAAGAAGAUGGACACAAGCCCUCAUGAGACAAAAUUAUUCCAGAAGGCCGUGCAGAUAGUUUCUGUGAAUUUGUGUGUGUUUGCCAUCUGUUUCUCACCUUUCCACAUCUCACUGCUCUUGCGGUUUGCAGUGGAAGUUGCUGGAGCUCAUUCUCUGAUACCGGGAGUUGUAACCUAUAUUAAGGUCUCAGCAUGCUUAGCAAAUUGUAACUGCUGUCUGGAUGCAUUUUGCUAUUAUUUUGCAGCCAAGGAAUUUCCAGAGUUUUCUUCUAUGUUCCCCAAGUGUAUAUUUAUGAGGUCCAAGAUGAGCCAAGGUGAGGAGUCACAGCCACCCACAGACCAAGUGAUACUAUGAACAAGGUGUAGUGCACAGCAGGUGUUGAGUGCCACAAUGCUGCUCAAGUUUUGAGGCACAGGCAAUGGAACCACAUACAGUGUUUGCAAUCAUUGUAGGCAUAGGCAUAUGUACAAAAAAGAGCAAACCCCUCCAAAGAGUCUGGUGUUAACUUGAAUUUUGUCCUGCUGUCCUCAGUGACUUGACUCCAGCUCUGACUACCGUGUUGUAUCAUUGCAUUGCAGCUCCAGGCGCCUCCUGGUGACAGCUUGUCUUGGUUGGCUUCAUGGUCCUUCACUUUCAGUGUCUUCUCACUUGUAAACCUCUAAAAAAUUUCCUCUGGGGGCUGCAAGCUCAUUUUCUGAUGAUGUAAACGCAGAGACAUUUAACUUCCUUAGUGACAACUGACAUAGAGUUCCCCAAAAAGUCUGUCACCACGCAGUGACACUGGUUCGGACCACAGUCUGAAACCACUGACUAGACCUUGGUGAAAUAAACAUGCAAAGAGCUGUUCCCAGCACGGAAAGUGUCCAUAUCCAGACAUUAGACCCUCCUGCUGUGCGUCAAUUCUUGGGCAGGCAACACGGUGGAAACUACAGUGAGCAAGGGUGCCAUAAAAACAGAUGAAACUACUCAGGUGGUUCAGCUGGUAAUUCAUGUCCCAGUUUUCUUCACUGGUGUAUUUUUAAUGCUUUGGCACUACUGAUAUUUUACUGCAAGCAGAGCAAGUAGUGUGUGUGUAUGUGACCAGUUUAACCAUUGCACACUGUUUAGCCCUCGUUCUGCCUUCUAAAUUCUCUUUUGAAAGACAGGAAAAGAUAUGGGAGACAAAUAGUGCCUGAUCUUAUCAACUAUCUACUGCUUAAGGAGAUGUGUGAGUGUCACCCAUUAACAAAUAUGCUGCAAUUAAUUCAGAAUGCAAGGGGCUUCUUGACAGACAUCUCUUACAAUCCAGGCAAGUGGCGUUCAGCAAGGAAAAACACUUCUACUUCAGGAACAGCACAGAGGGCCUUCAGAAACAUUUUUGGACCUAGGUUCCCUUCUGAGAACUUGCAUCUCAUUUCUUAUAAUGAA